CCAGGAGAUGUUAAUGCAGAAUUUUGCCAGGAAUAACACCCAGAUCCGUGUCUUGCCGGCGUGGCCCAGUGACUGGACGGGAUAUUUUAAACUGCUAGCGCCGUCCCAGACGACGGUAUCAGGGAACCUUACCGGGAAUAGAGUAGUGGACAGUUUAGUCGUUGAGUCUGCCGAUCGCCGGCAGGAUGUGGUGUAUGGCACGAAUUAGGGUUUUCUCUUACAGAAGAGCGAGUCAUGAAAGACGACAAUGAAGAGUAAGAAGGGAACUGACAUGACUACUAAGUGUCAUGGAAUUGUUGAACUAG